UGGCAUCAUGACGUGGCAUGGAGUCGCCGUUGGCCUCCCACUUUUCGGCGGAAGUGGCACUCGAGGCCUGGGCUUUGCUCCAAGCUGCGCCAGAUGUGGCGGCGCAAAACGUGGCGCUAGUGGCUCCGGCCACAGCACUGGCUGCCAGUCUGCCGAACUUGCGAAGUGGAGAUGCCAUUGAGGAGAGGACCUUGGAGCUUCUUAGUCGCACUUGUCCUGGUCCCCUCCAGGAGGCCGAGGUUCCGCUGCUCACUCUGGAGCAGACCUUGCAGCGCAGCGGCAAAGGAGGCGAUGUGCACUUCAUCCACUUUUGGCGAAGUCUUGGGGAGGUCAGUCUAAAGGCCGAGCUUUCGGAUGGCUUCGAGGCGGACAUGGUGCCUGAGCACACCCUGCCCAUUGGCCCCUUGGGUCCAGCCAGAAGGGAAGCUGAAGCCCGGCUCCUGGAUGCAGAUGUCUUGAUUCUCUAA